AUGUCGUCGUCAUCGAGUCCUUCACUGCCGCUGUACAACCUGCAAGAUUCCCGAUCUCAGUCUCCCUACCCUACCACGAAGAAGCACGUAUCCUCUUCAAUUACUUCGUCCUACGCCCUCCUUGAGCCCCAACAAGUUGCCGACCGCCUCAACACUUCCCUAACUAACGGACUAUCCCCGGCUGAGGCCGAGAUCCGCCUACAUCGAGAUGGGCCAAAUGAGCUACCUCACGAAGAACCAGAGCCUUUGUGGCUCCGGUUCUUGAAGCAGUUCAGAGAGACUUUAAUCUUACUUCUUCUUGCGUCCGCCGGAGUCUCAUUUUUCAUGGGAAAUUUCGACGAUGCCGUUAGCAUUACGCUUGCAGUGACCAUUGUAGUCACUGUCGGAUUUGUACAAGAAUAUCGUUCCGAGAAGUCUCUAGAGGCGCUAAGCCGACUCGUCCCCCAUUUUGCGCAUCUGAUCCGAGACGUAGAGCCGAGUAAUGGCGUGGAUUUUGGAAUAUCACGAACCGGCACCAUUGAUACCGAGACACAAAAGACGCACGCAGAGGCCCCGGCUCCUAUAACAAACGCCCUCAAGGCUUCGAGUGCUGUCAUGGCUGGAAAAUUGGUUCCUGGCGAUCUAGUCCUCUUCACGACAGGGGAUCGCAUUGCUGCUGACAUCCGCAUCACGUCUGCUACCGAUUUGUCCAUCGACGAGUCCAACCUAACUGGAGAGAACGAGCCAGUUCACAAGUAUGCAGAGGCAUUGCGGAAUCCUCCGGCUACAGUUAAACAAGAAUUCGCCGGGUCUCCAUUCCAUGACAUUGCUUCUACAGAACUAGGUGGCGCAAAUGUCCGUCUAAGUGAGCAACACAACAUUGCGUUUAUGGGAACUUUGGUACGGUCUGGAUACGGCCAAGGUAUUGUGAUUGCUACAGGCGCCAAUACAGAAUUUGGUAGCAUCUCUGCAUCGCUGCAGGAAAUCGAAAGUCCCAGGACACCUCUUCAGCUAUCGAUGGAUCGACUUGGACAAGAAUUAAGUUAUGUUUCAUUUGGUGUGAUUGGAUUGAUCGUUAUCAUAGGACUCAUUCAAGGGCGGAAGCUUUUGGAGAUGUUCACAAUCGGUGUUUCGCUUGCCGUCGCAGCUAUACCUGAGGGGCUUCCUAUCAUUGUCACUGUAACUCUUGCACUGGGAGUUCUGCGCAUGGCUAACAGAGGAGCUAUAAUGAGGCGACUACCCAGUGUGGAAACAUUAGGCUCGGUCAACGUGAUUUGCAGUGAUAAGACUGGAACGCUAACAAUGAGUCAUAUGACGGUCACAAAAAUGUGGCAUCACGACUGUCCGGAACCCUUUGAAGUCAGAGACUCGGCGUCCUUGACGCCUGAGCCUGUUGUGCGAAAGUUGUUGCGCAUUGGGAACAUAGCUAACAAUGCGCGGCUCUCACGAGCACACGCUGACUCGCCCGCGAGUGCAGCUUCUGCUGCCGUUCUCUCGUCAACCAUGGAUAACUCUUCCAGCCAUAGCAAAAGCAGAUGGGUGGGACAACCGACAGAUGUUGCGGUACUCGACCUUCUCGAUGCCUAUGGCGAGGACGACAUUCGCGAUCAAAUCAGUGGCCGUGUCGCAGAGACCCCAUUCAGUUCGGAGAAGAAGUGGAUGGGAGUUGUAAUUGGUGGCGCUGGACCGGGGGACAACAAAAUGGCAUACCUAAAGGGAGCCUUGGAACAAGUCCUGGCAAGGUGCGACACAUACCUAACCAAGGACGGUCGAGAGGUGAUAUUAGACGAACCGCGACGACAAGCCGCGCGGGAAGCAGCAGAGAAAAUGGCAUUAGAGGGACUACGUGUCAUAGGAUUUGCAAGCGGUCCGAUCAGAGAGCCGGGAAGGCACAUGAGGAGAUUAGGAAGCCGAAGUGCCACCCCAUCACCCAAGAUGGACCAGCCUGCGACGGAUAACAAUGACGAGCAAUUCAAUGGGCUCGUGUUUGCGGGACUGGUCGGAAUGAACGACCCGCCACGCAAGGAUGUCCGCAAGUCCAUAAGCAGGCUGAUGUCAGGACGAGUCCGAGUGAUUAUGAUAACGGGAGACGCGGAGACCACUGCAAUAGCGAUCGCACGGCAACUUGGAAUAGUUGCCAAUGACACCUCUGCGGGGAGCAACAAUGUGGUUUUGCGCGGGGACCAGAUCGACCACAUGAGCACAGAGGAGCUAUCACAGGCAAUUUCGACGACAAGCAUUUUCGCGCGCACUAGUCCGGAUCAUAAGCACAAGAUCGUGCGAGCACUGCAAGCGCGAGGGGACGUUGUAGCCAUGACAGGUGAUGGUGUGAACGACGCACCGGCAUUGAAAAGAGCAGACAUUGGAAUUGCCAUGGGCAAGCUAGGCACAGAUGUCGCCAAGGAGGCAGCAGACAUGAUCCUAACAGACGAUGAUUUCUCGACGAUUCUCCGGGCAAUCGAGCAAGGCAAAGGCAUAUUCUACAACAUCCAAAACUUCAUCACGUUCCAACUCAGCACCAGCGUGGCGGCCUUGGGACUAGUCCUUUUGAGCACCACUUUGGGAUUCCACAACCCGCUGAACGCGAUGCAAAUCCUCUGGAUCAACAUCAUCAUGGACGGACCCCCGGCGCAAUCACUAGGCGUCGAACCGGUCGAUCCCGCAGUAAUGAACAGCCCACCACGCCCAAAACACGCGCGCGUCCUCACACGCCCUCUCAUCCAGCGUGUCCUCACGCAGGCCUUCCUCAUCAUGCUCGGCACACUCAUCAUCUACCUCCACGAAAUGAGCGACAUCGACGACGAACUCAACCCAGGCCACAUCUCGCGCGUUGUCACCAACCACGACACAACAAUGACAUUCACCUGCUUCGUGCUCUUCGACAUGUUCAACGCCCUCACCUGCCGCAGCGGAAGCAAAUCCAUACUCAGGGGCGAGAUGUCCCUGACCGGCAACAAAAUGUUCAACUAUGCCGUUCUGGGGUCCCUAAUUGGUCAACUGGGAGUCAUUUACUUGCCUUUCCUACAAUCCAUUUUCCAGACCGAAGCCCUCAAAUUGUCCGAUUUGUUGAAAUUGGUGGUUUUGGCCAGCUCUGUGUUUUGGGUUGACGAGGGUAGGAAGUAUUAUAUGAUGAUUAAACGGUCUCACAGUCCUGGGGAGUUGUAUAGUUCUAAUGUUUGA